CACACACACACACACACACAUUUUGCACAGAGUCACACACACUGAGCUUUUCUCCUCCGCUGUGUCUUUACUAACGGGACAAGUUCAGAUCUCCAGGAUAUUUCUGGCUGUUCUCCGCUUUUCUCUCGCCUCCAUGUGAACAUCUCGACCCGGAGUGAGGACAUUUACUGCUGCUAAAAGGAGGAUGAUGAUGAUGAUGAUGAUGAUGAUGGGAGGAGGCCACGGCCGAAGGUGCAGCCCUCGCUAGAAUCAUACUUUCUCCCCCAACUUCACCCCUCCACAAUCCAUCCACUACUGCCGUCCCUCCUCCCAGCGCCAUGGCCAACCAUCUGGAGCUGAUCCAGGAGCUGCAGCAGCUGGACAAGGUACCCAGUCUGGAGAGGCUGCGGGCGGCCCAGAAGAGGCGUACCCAGCAGCUAAAAAGAUGGGCUGUGUACGAGAAGGAGAUGCAAAACAAGAAGCGAAAGGCCGACAAGAAGGGACGCAACGCCAACAACCUCCAUCAAGCAGAGUCCAAGAGGCAUGUGUCGUUUGCCGCCAGCGUGGCACUUCUGGAGGCAUCGGCCAGGAAUGAUCCAGAUGAAGUGCGCUACCUGCUGAAGAACAAUGUGAGUCCAGACCUCUGCAAUGAAGACGGCCUAACCGCCCUGCAUCAGUGUUGUAUAGAUAACUAUGAGGAUAUGGUGAAGAUCCUGCUGGACCGAGGAGCCAGUGUCAACGCUCAGGACAACGAGCUGUGGACGCCUCUGCACGCCGCUGCUACCUGUGGCCACGCAGGACUGGUCAGGAUACUCAUUUCACACGGUGCAGAUUUGCUGGCGGUCAACUCUGAUGGGAACAUGCCAUACGACCUGUGUGAAGACGACCCAACACUGGACAUCAUCGAGACAGCUAUGGCCAACAGAGGCAUCACCCAGGAGAUGAUCAACGAGACACGAGCGUCAACAGAGAGAAGGAUGCUGGGAGACAUUCAGGAACUGCUGAGACAGGGAGAGGAGGUCAACCAACAGGACUCUCAGGGAGCCACGCUGCUCCACAUCACAGCAGCAAGUGGCUACGUGCAGGCUGCAGAGCUGCUGCUGGAGGGGGGUGCUCGCAUGGACCUGAGAGACUCAGAUGGAUGGCAGCCUCUUCAUGCUGCAGCGUGUUGGGGUCAGAUGCAUGUGGCAGAGCUGUUGGUGUCUCAUGGAGCCAGUCUCAAUGCCAAGACCUUCCUAGAUGAGACCCCCAUCGAUCUGUGUGAGGAUGAGGAGUUCAGAGCCAUCCUGCUGGACCUGAAACACAAACAUGACAUUAUCAUGAAGUCACAGCUCAAACACAAGACCUCACUGUGUAGGCGAACGUCUAGUGCAGGGAGUCGUGGGAAAGUGGUGCGGCGAGCCAGCCUGUCGGACAGACAUAACUUGUGUCGGAAAGAGUACGAGACGGAGGCCAUCGUGUGGAGGGGAGGGAGGGAGGAGCAGGAUGAGAAAGAGAAAGAAUCUGAUCAGGAGAAUAACCAGGUGGUUAAUGUCAAGCCAGUCAUAGCUGUGGAGCUGCCAGAAACGCCCAAGCUGCCCACCAUCCUCAAAGAUGGCAGCAGCAAACCGAACGGGCUCAUCUCCACGAUGACGUCCACGCCGCCGCAAGUGCCCUCUAACGGUAACACGGCAUCGCUUGAUUCCUCCACUCAGGGGGAAGCCUGUCCGAGAGAGCGCGCUCAGACUCUGUCUGAGCUCAAGAAACAGAGGUCCGCCGCCAAAUUGUUGAAUCACCCCUUAUUCAACGGUCACCUAGGUAACGGCUCCACGGACUCCUUCACUGAUGCCAAAAACAACUCAGAGGACCCCCGCAUGCCGCUGGUCUCCUCCAAUGGGAGCGCGGUUUACUACACGCCAGCCAGUGGCGACCCACCCCUCCUCAAACUGAAACAGCCAAUAGAGGAAGAGCAGCCGAAGGCACAAACCUGCUGCUGCGUGUCAUAGCACAGCACCCUGGUCACUUGACCGGUGACGGAACAGUGUUUGCACAGAGAAGCAAGGAAUGUGCUGUAAGAGUGAGGAGAGGAAGGAAGGAAGGAAAGUGUGUUCCUGUCUUUUAACAUCAUUUUCCUCCACACCUUUAAACUUCUCAGAGAAUAUGGCUGGCCUGAAGAAAAGUUUAGAAACUUGUCCUUGUACCUGCCUACCAUUAGACUCCUGCUACAAUAGGAGACACAUUCCCCAAACGCAGACGUGUUUCAAGCGUAGAAGAGAGCAGAAAGAAGGAACUGGGCAGUGUCACAUGGAUUAAAAUUCCUUUUCUUAAAUGGAGUCUAUCUACAAGACAAAUGGAUGGAAAGAGUGCAAGAAGCUGUGACUCUGGCCCUGCUGUCCCCACUUCACCAUUUUAAGAAUCAAAGUGUGGACGGCUUUUUACAGGGAAAGGGUCGAAAACUUUGAAUCAGGAAAGUAGAGAAGAUCUCAAGGUACAAGGUGCAUGUUCUGCCCUCAGAGAUGAGUUUUUUUUUUUUUUCUACCUUACAUGUGGAUGGUUAUCAUGUAAUUAAACAUUUUCUUCAAGACAAACUGACAUUGUUGUCAAACCACAAUAUUUUUGUUGUUUUCCAAUGUGCAGGAAGGCCAUCAAAGAACGCAUCACGUUGUACUACAACAUAUCAAACAGUGAAACGUAGCAAAAAGAGAUCUGUGACGUCUCUUAUGAAGUAUUUGUCAUGUUAAAAUGCCGCCUGCGUAGGUAAAGUGAAGGAAUGCCAUCAAUCAGUGGUAAAGCAGUCAGCAAGUGUACUUCUACAGCGAGAGAUAGCAGGAAAGAGUAUAGGUCUGCACUAGUGUUUGAAACUGUCACUAUAUUCUGUCAACUAUAGUUCACCUCACCGUCCUCUCAUAUCAAGCCUGAACUGACAGGUCAUGCUCUGUUUUAUGCAUAACCCUCUUUGUGCUCUCUUUUAGGUAAUUUAAGCAAACAUGGUUUAAAAAUGACUGUACAUUUCUUUAUUUAUGAAAUUAAUGCAAUGUUUAAAAAAAAAAAAAAAAAACAUUAUGGUUCCUAAAGUUGAGUGUAUUUAUUAUUUGGAUGGUGUGUGGAAAGAGUGAAUGCAAUAAAAGAUGAGCUGGUGAGUCUUCCAGCAAAGCACCUUCUGACAUGGAACUGAAAGUGAAGUAAGGGUUACUGUCUGCUAAGUGUACAUGUUAUUAAAAUCACACAAACAAGCCAUUCUAUAUUGGAUAUUUGUUUCACUACAAAUGACAGUAUUAUUUGUUCAUGUUUUAGGCUGUUUUUUCUUCUGGUGGCCAUUGUGUGGCUUUGUCUUCUCCCAGUCACUGUAUAUGUUUCAUUAACAGAAAUUGUAGAUGUCAUGUAAUGUGUUCUUGUAAGUAUACUAUGAUUUGUAUGCUUGCCUCAGUAAAAAACAAACAAAAAAAACAUUUAUCCACACAUGGAUUUGGCAGUCUCUGAAGCAAGCCCACACCAUUGUAUCAGGUGCACUUAAAUGCAUCAUGGCUUCAACGUAAAAUAUAAAAAAAACUGCUGGAAAAAAAUGUACUAGAAGUAGCUAUUCCGCUUAAUUAAAUAGUUGACAUGUUAGUUGAGAAGCUCGAUAACACUCAUUUAUGUAUGCUAAAAGUUGUAGCUGGAGCCAGCAGCUGGUUAGCGUAGCGCUGCCUACCAGCACCAAACUAUUUUUUUGGUUAUUGACUUUUAUUAAGUAACUUCCUGGUUCGAUACCAGUCUGGCACAUAACCUGUUGAAAAACCACAAUGUUUUUAGUUUCAGUACAGACUAAACAAACGAGAUGUAAGGUGUUAACUGACCUUUUUCACGGCACACAGUAUUUUGACUCAUCAUAGCAGGAAAAGCACAGAUAAAACUACUAAUACUAACAAUGGCUUUGUUCCAUUAAGUGUACCAGGAAGCCAGGGUGUACAAUACCAAACCUGGCUCACCUAAAUCUUAAUGCAAUACAUCCAUCAUUAUUAAUUACACGUGUGCCUUUUCUGCUUUGACAUGUCAAAAUGCCUGCUGUGAAAAACUGAGCUUUUACACAUGCUGGUAGGCAGAUUUUUGUUUUGCAGAGCCGGGCUAGCUGUUUCCCCCGAUUCCAGUUUUUCCAGCUUCAUAUAACACACAGAUAUGAGUGUGGUAUCAAUCUCCUCAUGUAAUUCUCAGCAAGAAAGUGGAUAAACAUAUUUCCCAAAAUAUUUAACUUCUCCUUGUGAGUGCCAAAGAGUCAUCCAUGAAUAAAACAAUUUAUAAGGACAUUUUAAACCGUGGGGGAAGACUUUCUUUGCCGUUAUGUUGAUUUGUUUGUUUAAACGUUUGAUUACCCACAAUGCCCCUACCACUUUAUCCCCACAACUUCAACUGUACAGUGUCAAAUAUUUGUACAGAUGCGUUUGUAAAUAUGGUUGUAUAAGUAUGUCCUUAUCCGUUCCCAUGAACUGCAUUUAAAUGUCUGUGUUGUAACUGUUGAAGAAAAAUACAAUUACCCACAUUGAUGAACAGUGUAGAGAUUUGGUUGUCGAGGGGGAAACAGAGUCUAUUUAGACCCCCUCAGUAGUCCAACAGUCUAAAAUCUAUCUGGAAAGUCGAGUGCACCGAGGUGUCAUCAUCAUACUGAGUAGGUUUCUUCCUGCUGUUGCGGUGACCAGCGUCUGUGGUCUUUUUUUGCAAAUGUCAGGUUUUUUUUUUUAUCUUAAGUUCUCAUAGGAAGAAGUUAGUUUUUUAACUCAAUUUGAGGAAGUACAAACUAAGUCACAUUCAAAGAGAUUGUUAUAUUCC